CAGUCCCUGGGGAGGGAGAAAAGAGCACUUCCGUCCGGGGCGUUACCAAGAAGCUGCGGGGAAGUGACGUAGCGCGCGCCUGUGGCGCGAUGGAGCCACAGCAGCAACAGCAGCAGCAGCAGCUGAGGAACUUGCGGGACUUCCUGUUGGUCUACAAUCGGAUGACGGAACUCUGCUUCCAGCGCUGCGUGCCCAGCCUGCACCACCGCGCUCUGGAUGCUGAGGAGGAGGCCUGUUUGCAUAGCUGUGCUGGGAAGCUGAUCCAUUCCAACCACCGCCUCAUGGCCGCUUACGUGCAGCUCAUGCCUGCCCUGGUACAGCGCCGCAUCGCAGACUACGAGGCCGCCUCAACUGGGCCAGGUGUUGCUGCUGAACCGUCUGGAACCUCACCAUCAGGCAGCUAGCCCUCCGCAUCCCCUGGAAGGGAGGCGCUGAAUGGACACUCAGACUGAAGGGGCCAAGGGACCUUGGGCUCGAUGCAGCCUGUAUUUAUAGUGAAGGGUUGCCUGAGAGCUGGGUACUAUUGCUCCUUUUCCUGGAGCCAAUAAACCCGCUUUUACUCUC